UUAUCUUCGAACAAAGAACCUCACAUUCUGAUUAACAUGGCUUCUCACAACAACAUCAAAGUCCACGAGCACUCCUUCGUUGCUCCAACAUCACUCACCCAAACAGCAUCCCUUCCUUUAACUUUCUUUGACUUGUUUUGGAUCAGAAAUCAGCCUGUUGAACGUAUCUUUUUCUUCUCCUUCCAUUCACAGUCACACUCAUCUUUUUUCUUUGAAAAAGUGGUUCCAAAUCUCAAAACCUCACUCUCUCAUGCUCUCCAACACUUUUUUCCUCUUGCUGGCAAGAUAGUUUGGCCCUGUGAUUUCAAAAAACCGAUCAUUCAUUACACUCCUGGCGACGCUGUUUCUUUUGUAGUUGCAGAAUCUGAUGCUGACUUCAAUCACGUGUUAUCCAACACACCCCAUGAAACAGCAGUAUCUCGUUCUUUAAUACCCCACUUGGAAUCUUCGGAUUCUCAUGCUUCUGUUAUCUCUCUUCAGAUAACUCUGUUCCCAAACAGAGGAUUCAGCAUAGGCAUCAGCGCCCACCAUGCUGUUCUUGAUGGGAAGUCUUCAACUCUGUUCCUCAAAGCUUGGGCUUUUCUAUGCCAAACCAACAAUGAAGAAUUAUCUUCAUCAUCCUUAGUGCCAGAGUUAGUUCCUUUCUUUGAAAGAACGGUGAUCAAAGAGCCAACUGAGUUAGGAGCUAGGAUACAUGAUUGGACCGAAGUGUUAUCCAAAUUAUUCCCUCAUAAAAGCAACGAUGGUCGAAGCUUGAAGAUUCUACCUUCUCAACCAAAAAUUGUGGACACAGUUCGAGCGACGUUCGUGCUCACCCGAGUAGAUUUGGAUAAGAUUAAGAAAAGAGUAUUGUCCAAAUGGGAUGAUUUGAAUGGAGGAGAAUCGUCAAAUUCAAAGCCAAAGACUUUAUCAACCUUUGUUAUCACAUGUGCUUAUACACUAGUUUGCAUAGCUAAAGCCAUAAAAGGGGUUCAAAAGGAAAGGCAGAAAUUCGCUUUUGGGUUCACGGUGGAUUGUAGGAACAGGUUAGAGCCUCCAAUCCCCGAAAACUAUUGUGGAAACUGUGUGUGGGGUCAAUUGGUGGAUACCGACCCAUUGGACUUUAUAAAGGAAGAAGGGGUUGUUAUUGUUGCUAAGAGCAUUUAUAAUAAAAUAAAAAAGUUGGACGAGGGAGUUUUUCAAGGUGCUGAUAAAGCACAUGGUAGAUAUAUUGCUUUGGCAAAAGAGGGAGUUGAAGUAAUGGGAAUAGCUGGGUCGAACCGAUUUGGUGUUUAUGGGAUUGAUUUUGGCUGGGGAAAGCCUUCUAAGGUGGAGAUAACAUCAGUCGAUAGAGGCUUAACCUUUGGGUUCACAGAGAGCAAGGAUGGUAAAGGUGGGGUUGAAGUUGGGCUUGUUCUCAAUAAGCAUGAGAUGGAUCUCUUUGAUACCUUCUUUCAUGGAGGGUUAUGUGAUGAUUGACGGAAAUUUUUCUUUCUAUUGUUGUCAAAUUUCGUGAUUUAUUUUUAUUUUGGUUUGUUUCGAACCUACGAGCUAAGAAAACUUUAAAUUUGUUGUUGCUAGAGAUUUGUGGAACGGAACAUAUUAUGUACUUUUAUAUUUUAAAUCUCUCUAUUAAAUAAUUUCUC